AUGGACGAGACCUGCUCCCCGUAUUUUGACAGACCCAGGAUUCUCCCCGCGUGGCCCUGCCUUCACAGCGAAGGGACCACCAUCUUUGUGUCCCAGAUGCAACCUGCAGAGGAGUUGGAGCCCAUCGGUCUCCCUGCUCGGGAGAAGACCAAUGGCUCUCGGCGCAUGGCCGAUUUCUCCAUCCGUUCCAUCUUGGCCUUGGAGGGGUGCAAAAGGGAAAGAGGAAACCUCGAGGAACCCGUAGGAGGCGCUGUGGAGUGGGGCAGGAGCCACCCCCCUUACCCCUGGAUCAGCUGCUCCCGUGUCAAGCCCCACUUGGCUCCAAAGACCAAGCAGGCAGGCAGCAGAUCUCGGCCGGCCUCUCGCAGUCCCCGGGUGCCCUUCUCGGCAACCCAGCUGGGAACUCUGGAGAACAGCUUUCAGCAAACACGGUAUCUUAGUACCGGACAAGUGCGGGAGGUCGCUCUGCUGCUGGGACUCACGGAGAACCGGGUCAAAAUUUGGUUCCAAAACCGAAGAGCCCGGGAGCGCCGGGAUUUGCUGAAGCUGCACCCAAACAGCGGUGCUCGCCUGAAGGGGAGUCCGCUCCCAGUCCAAUCCUGUUUAGGCUGGCACGCGUAG